AUGUUAUUGGCUCAUUUCUACUAUUGUAAAUGGUGGUUUUUCCUAUUACAAUUAUUGAUGGUAGGAAUUCCUAUUAGGGGUACUUUUGCCAUGGAAACUUCUUCUACUUCGAGCCACUCUAUUCCUGGUUGUAAUUGGGAUGAAUUAGAAAGCUUAGGUAAACAGUUACAAAUUUCUGCUAAAUCUUUAUCUCAAUUUGAUAAGUUGAUUAAUAAGGUCAAUUCAUGUUCUAUAGAAAAUGACAAUGAACAAGAUAUUACACGUAGUAGAAGGAAGAAAUACUUAUUGAAUCAAUUAUAUUACAAAUCAGCAUUGAUCCAUCUGUCUCAAGGCCAUGAUAAAAGAGCACUUGAUGCCUUAGAAUCUACUGUAGAUAAUCAAGAAAAGCACGGUGAUAUUAAUGAUACAUAUGGUCAUUUGGCAUACAAUAGAUUACAGAAAUUAUACCGUCAAUUAGGGUUAUGGGAAAUGAUCAUUGAUGAUGUUGAUCCACAUAUACAAAGCUUUAAAAUUUUAAAUGCCACUCUAUUCAAUGAGAUUGAAAAAAAGUAUCACGAUAAGGAUGAAAAUUUUAUAAAUUCAUAUUUAAAUCAACAAACUUAUGACAAAUAUAUCGAUUUAAUAAGUCAGCUAUUAAAGAUUGCACCUUAUGAUCAUACUAUUUUAAAACUUAAAGUUAAUAUCCAAUUGAAUUACCUUUUGAGUCAAGGAGAAAAUAUAAAUAAUCUUCGAUUAGCUAAUUCUAUUAUUAAUUCUGUUAAGUUAAUACUGGAUAAACAUGGCUGGAGGUUAGACCUAGACACUAGAUUAUUUUAUAGUUAUCAAAUUUCAGUAAUUCAAACUUUUAUCUUAAACAUUGAACCAACUCAAUUAAGAAGUUGUUUAGCAUUAGAUAACCAAUAUGAACCAUGUAAAAGGCUUGCAUUUUUCCAUUCUAAAUUAUUGAAGAUUAAUCCAGCACGUAGUUUAAUAAAUUCCAAAGAUGAGUUUUUAAAGAUGCAGCGUUCAUCAUCAAAUAAUAAAUAUACUUCAUCAAAAAAGGAAAAAGAUUGGCAAAGAGUGUUGACAUUUUAUGUUAGUGAUAAGGAUCCAUUUUUUGAAAUUCAAGAUCCCCAAUAUAUCUUUACAAAUAAUUAUGAUUUAAUCCAGGCCUUGACGGAUCAAUUUAUUAAUUCGAUUUUAAAAUUAUCAAAUACCAAUCAAUUAUUAUUUACUGUCAAUAUAUCCACCGAUUUUAUUAUUUUCAUAGAUACUUUAAUUUGUCAAUCAAUCUUUGAAAUCAAUUAUAACUCAAAAUUAAAUUCAAAAGAGAAAAAAAAAUUAACAAAACUUAAUUUAAAUCAUUAUUCUACAAAAUAUUGCUCGAAAGCAAUUAAAAACUUUCUUGAUGAUGAGUUAAAAUUCCAAGAAUUGACAGACUAUAAUAAUAUUUUGACACAGGCUGUAUUGCCAGAAGAUAUAAUGGAUCGUUUAUUAGAUAAUUAUCCUCAAUUAUGUUUUUAUUUUAUUCAGACAGUUUUAAAGAAGAAUAAAAUUAUUAAUAAAAAUAAUAAAUUAAAAUCAAGGGAAUUAUAUUCGAAGGUGGAUAAAUAUUUUAAGGAUAGGGAACUGUAUAAAUCACAAAAUAAAGUCGUUAGUAAGCUUUCAGAAAUAAUCUUAGAUAUUAAUAAUAAAUACAAUCAAGAGCAAACCAACAGGCGUCAACAACAACAACAGCAGCAGCAGCAGCAGCAGCAGCGACAACAUUUCUUCAAUCAACAACAACGAGCCCAACCACCUCCUCCAGCAAAUGCCGAUAUGGCAAAUAAGGAUUAUUAUAAGAUUCUUGGAGUUAAAAAAAAUUCACAAUUAAAAGAAAUUAGAAAGUCCUAUUUAAGUUUAACUAAAAAAUAUCAUCCAGAUAAGCAAGGUCAAUUAUCUGAAGAAGAACAAGAGCGUAAUCAUAAAAAGAUGGAGCAGAUUAAUGAAGCGUAUGAAUGUUUAAGUGAUGAGUCAAAAAGAAAAGAAUAUGACCUUUCGAGAGGUAGUGAUAAUAGGGCUCCAAAUUUUGGAAAUCAAAGACAACAACAACGUUAUCAAAAUAACAUGUUCAGAGAACAAAAUCGAUUCGGCCGUAAUUUUCACUUUAAUUUUAAUUUUGGAAGGUAA